AUGUCCAAGACACUUGCUAUCUUCGGUGCCACCGGUCAACAAGGCAGCUCCGUCCUGAACCAUGUCCUGAACGACCCAGAGCUCUCCCAACAGUACAAGAUCCGGGCCAUCACCCGCGACUCCACCUCCGAGAAGGCCCAGCAAUUGAAAGAGAAAGGUGAUAUCGAAGUUGUUGAUGGUGACGUGACCGACCCCGCCUCCCUGGCGAAAGCCUUGGCCGGCGUGCACACUGUCUUCGCUAUGACCACACCUGACAUUAGCCCCGACGCCUUCAACGUCGAGGUCGGUAAUGCCAAGCGAAUUGCCGAUACCGCCGUGGAGCAAGGUGUCGAUUAUUUCAUCUGGAGCACUCUACCCUCAAUUCGCGAUCUCUCCAACGGCAAAUACAGCUCCGUCGUCCCCUUCGAUGCCAAGGCCGCCGCUGAGGACUACAUCCGCACUCUUUCUAUCAAGAGCGCCUUCGUUUCCCUCGGCUCGUUCAUGGAGAACCUCCAGGCCCAGACUUUCUUGGCUCCCACAAAAGCUGCCGAUGGCACUUAUGUGCUCGCCCGUCACACCUCCCCCAAGGCCCAAUUCCCCUUGAUCGACGCUGUCGGUGACACUGGCAAGUUCGUCGGCGCUAUCCUCGCCGAGCCUGAGAAGUUCCAGGGAAAGCGACUCCACUGCGCCACAAAACUGUACACUGUCGAGGAGAUUGCUGCCCUGCUGUCCAAGAGUUCCGGAAAGACCAUCGUCUUCAAACAGAUCUCCACCGAAGAGUUCAAGGCAGGCUUGCCUUUCUUCCAGGAUGUUUUCGCAGAGGGAUUCAGCUUCAUGGAUGAUUACGGAUAUUUCGGCCCUGGCUCCGAGGAGUUGGUUGCAGAAGCUGCGGCUGCCGCCCGGGGCAAGCUCUCCACUUUCGAGGAGUACUUGGAGAGACACCCAUUCCAGCUUGCAUAG